CGACAACACCGCCGAGCAGUCCGUCCGCCCGCUGACCGCUCGUCAAGCAAGGACGGCGCUCCUCGAGUGUCCAGUUUUCCUUCCUCGUCCUGCGCAGCCUCCUUUUGUAUUCCUAUGCAGCAUUUCCUACCGCCGCCAUGAGGCUGUAAUCCGCGCGCCACCCUGUCACACGCCCGAAACCGGCCCGUCAUGUCGCCAUCUCACUCCAAGCGGAAUAGCAGCAAUGGCAUUGACAAGCUCGACUACACCUCGCCCUCCCCGCGACGCCCGCUCCUACAGCCCGACGCCGAGAACGACUCGAACCGACACUCGCAGGACACCAGCUACGCCGGCAGCUUCUUCGAGCAGGUCGCCGAGGGCAUCAUGGAACGCGACCGCGAGAGGCUGCAGCGCGACGUUGCACGAUGGCUGAGCUUCGUCUGGGCCAUCGUCAACUGCCUGUGCGCGGGGAGCAUCACGGCAUACUCGCUGUAUGGCCAUCUCUUCCAGUCGAAGCUGCACUACACGCAGUUCCAGGUCAACAUCGUGAGCAUCACCGCUGAGCUCGGCAUGUACCUGCCUGUUCCCGCCUUCGGAUACCUCUGCGACCGCCUCGGCCCCGGCUGGCCGUCCUGUCUUUCUGGCAUCUUUUUCGGCCUGGGAUAUCUGUUGGCCGCAUUCGCAUACAAGAGCGGGCCUCCUCCGUCAGCUGGAGGCCAUGGCUGGCCGUUCGGCAUCAUGGUGUUUGCCUUCAUCGGAGUCGGCAUGGGCACGAGCUGCAUGUACUUGUCCGCGGUGACGACAUGCGCGAAGAACUUUGGACGCGGAAAUGCGAAGGGUAUCGCAUUGGCUGUUCCAAUCGCUGCGUUUGGGCUUAGCGGGAUGUGGCAGAGCCAGGUCGGAAGCCGUCUGCUAUAUGUGACGAAUUCGGACGGAAGCAGGGGAGAUGUGAACGUCUUCCAUUACUUCCUAUUCCUGGGCAUCCUUCUGCUCUGUGUGGGUGUGAUCGGGACUUUCGCGCUGCGCAUCAUGGACGAGGAAGAGAUGAUCGACGAGGCAGUGGACGAGCUGGAGAGGUCAGGUUUGCUGGCGCACGAUCAGUUCUUCACCCAGGCGGCCAACGUUCAUGGUUACGGCACCAUGGAGCCUCGGGAUCUCUCAGACUCAACCUUUGACUUCUUGCAAUCAGAAGCCGAGCGCUUGAAAGCGCAUGCAGAAGAGGAGGCACGGAAGAAGACGUGGUUAUUGAACGAAGAGACCAGGCGAUAUGUCUCGGAUCCUACCAUGUGGUGGCUGGCUGGUGGCUUCUUCCUCGUCACUGGCCCAGGAGAAGCCUUCAUCAAUAAUCUGGGAACCAUCAUCGGCACCCUCUCACCUCCCCAUAGCUCUGCAACAACCUCUGCAGCCACCCACGUCUCCAUCGUAGCCCUCACAUCGACCCUGGCACGCCUUAUAACCGGAACUCUGUCGGAUAUCCUAGCCCCCAUACCACCACUACACCAACACCGGCGAGGCCCUGACUCCGUCGCGAACUCCUUGGUCUCCCUGCCACCGCUCGAGCAACCCCGCAAGUUCACCGUUUCCCGGAUAACCUUUCUCCUUACCUUCGCCUUCAUUCUCUCCCUGGGCCAACUCCUCCUUGCGAGUGGCUGGGUGCAAGGGCACACUAACCGCUUCGUCGCCGUCUCCGCACUCAUAGGCUCCGGCUACGGCGCCCUGUUCUCCCUGACUCCCAUCGUCGUCUCCGUCGUAUGGGGCGUCGAGAACUUUGGCACUAACUGGGGCAUUCUCGCCAUGACCCCCGCGGCCGGGGCCACCGUUUGGGGCGCCAUUUACGCUGCUGUUUACCAGAGGGCUGCGGACAAUGGCGAACCAGGCGUUGAGGGAGAUGCGGAUGACGUGUUGUGCUACGGGAAGAGAUGCUAUGCGCCGACAUUUUGGGCUAUGGCGAUUAGUGUGUGGAUCGCUAUGGGCCUGUGGAUGUGGGCUUGGAGGGGUCCUGGAGGAUGGAGGAGGAGGGGUGUUGCCGUCUAAGAACGACCCGGAAAGGAUCUUUUGAUGCCAAAAUAGUGGCAAGACGACGGCUUUGUACAGAAGAAGGUUGUAUACUCACGAUAAUGGGCUAUGGCAGCGUGCAUUUGCUUUUAUCCUUACUUUUUAUAUGUUACUCCGUGUGCUUUUAGAUGUCGAAGGGAACGAACGGCGUUGCAUUGGGUCGGCUGGGCGGUAUUUUGAAUCUUUCAGCUGCUGCAUCAAUCUCAUGGCAAACUAGCUUCUCGCC